AUGGAGGAGAAUGGAGGCGCAGAUGGCACGGAUGGUAUGGAUGCAAAGACCCAGCUGAACCAGUUUUGCCAGAGGUACUGCCUUCGCCCGGUCACAAGGAAGGACAUCUUGUACUCGACCACAAAGUUUGGGAACAAGCAGUAUCAGUCCAUCGUUCGCCUGAAUUGCAUGGAGGGGCAGGAGUAUGCUGGUGAGCUGAGCGAGACUCCAAAGGAAGCAGAGAAGUCUGCAGCACAACAGGCUUUGAAGGCCUUCGCUGGUGUCAUCAGUUCGCUCCCAGCUGGCAAACCUGCCAAGAAGAAGAAACCUGAAGGGGGCGACGACGUGGCCAAGGUGAAGAUACCUGAUGCGGAGAACCCUGCACUCACCGACAAGGUGAGGCUCAAUGCCCUCUGCAUGCGGAUAGCCAAGCGACCGCUGGAGAAGGGCGAAACGCUCUAUGACACACAGCAGAUCGGUGUUGGAAAGAACCCCACGGGCUACCAAUCGACGGUGCGUUUGCCGUGCCUGCCGGAGGAUUGGUCAACGAAGCUCUUUGUUGGGGAGGUCUUCCAAAACAAACAAGCUGCUGAGCAAAGUGCAGCCAGCAAAGCGCUGAAGGCUGUUGAGGCCGAUACAGACCUAUGCGCUCUGGCUGAUGAAAAGGUGCCAAAGAAGCCCACAGAAGGAAAAAAGUCCAAGGGAAAGGGUUGGAAGAAUGGAUGGUGGCUGUCGAAAGGCGGUCCCGACCUCCCGCGAGAGGUGGUCUCCGAGGCGAUGCUUUCGGCCACAGUACUGGAGUGGAAGGGCUCAUUCGGCUGGGCAGCGACACAGGACAUGACAGGCUUGGCGCAGCUGCAGGUGAAGCUAUCACAGCCCUUUGAACAUCCAGGGUUGAUCCAAAAAAAGUCUCCAUUUAUUGAGAUCAAGAUCGACACUGAGCGAUGGCCAGAGGAAGGUGUUCCCAGCUUCUUGUUCCCGGGACACCGAACACGGCCAGUGAGUAGCAGAAUUGCCCUCAACGCGGGCUUUGAGAAGGAUGAGGAUCGGGUGGACUACAUGGAGUCGCCCUUUGGUCAGGCAAUGGGCUGGCUGGCCAAGGCUCUCUCAGAAUCGCCUCUCAAUGAUGCGAAGAUUUCCUUCGCCAAGAUGCAAGCAGGUGACUACGAUGAGGAAGCUGCGCAAAAGAAGUUGGAGGGCUACAUUGGAGGUGACAAGGUGGUCAUGUUUUCUUUCUCCAAAUGCCCCUUUUGCAUCAAAGCCAAGAAGGAGUUGAACGACAUGGGCGUACCUUUCACUGCCCUGGAUCUCGAUCAGAUGGACCAGGAGGGAAAGGAGCUGCGAGCCGAGCUGGCGAAGAAGACGAAACGGACCUCCAUGCCCAACAUCUUCAUCGCGGGUGAAGGAAUCGGAGGCUGCAACGAUGGACCUGGAUUGAUGACUUUGAAGAAAGAAGGGAAGCUGGAGCCCAUGCUAAAAGAAGCUGGUGCCAUCUGA